AAGUUUGAAUUAGAGAGACUAGAAUUGUCUUACCACCAGACAGUUAGUGAACAAAAACUUCAAAUCCAUGUGGAAGGAUCUGUCCAGCGACAAGAACCUGGAAUUGUCAAGCUUUCUACCUCCUACAAUAAUUUGUGUUUGCAGUUGGUAGCUCUCAUCCACCAGGGGAGAGCCCCUCAAGGGGCCAUAGCACCUAUACUGAUCCAAAGGGAUGGUUUGUUCAAACUAGAUGUGGAUGAUGAUAUCUGGCAGGAUAUUGGUCUUCAGGAUGAUUCUGUGGGAUUGCCACCAGCUUGGUUAGCUGAUGAAAGGGUGUGCUUGGGGAUCAGGUCACUCCUUGAGCUGAAGAGGUGUGAGGAGGAGGAAAGGAGGCUCCUGUAUGAA